UGCGCGUCUCUCGCUCCCACGUUCCCAUUACGCCCACCCUCCCCAGUUUGAGCUUUGUACCUCCUCGUGAGUUCAUGUUGGGCUUUGGGCGCACCGCAAUCGCAACCGCCAGCGAUCGUUCCUCCCGGCGAUGGCAGAGCGGAAGCAGCGGGAUGUGGAGGAGCUCUAUAGCGCCACGGACCUGAUUCAGCAACCUGAGAUCACACCAGUGUUGAAAGGGCGCUGUCGCAUGCAAGGGCCUGGGGACGAGGCCGACACUAAUUCUAAAGAGAAUUCGGUGGUUAAUCAGGUACCAUCUCCAGAUGUCCAAGGAUUUGGUGGGCCUUCCAUGAGUCAGAAGAAAGUCAAUACUAUAGCAGAGUCUGGUACCUGUAAUGUGUGCUCUGCUCCUUGCACAUCUUGUAUGCAUCUUAAUCAAGUCCUUAUGGGAUCCAAAAGGAAGGAAUAUUCUGAUGAAACCUGUCUCGAUGGCAUAGCCAGCCAGUAUUCUGCUAAUGACUGUGAUGUUUCACGGCCUUUUAGUGGCGCAUCAGAACACAGCCCACAAGGCACUGCUGAUGAAACAAGUCAUCCACAGGGGUUCAAUUCUGGGUAUUCUUGUGAUGAUACUAAAAGCAAACCUGCUUCAACUGAUGCUUCUGGCGCUUUAGAAGAUGUUUUGACAGUACGCAAGUUAUUUGACAGGGCAAAGCUUUCUGAAAUUUAUCUGCCUCCUAAACCAUGGUCUAGUUCCGUUGAGAUAAAUACUGUAAACGAGGAUUCCAAGCCAGUGGAAGGCCAAGAUGAUAAUAUAUCCUGUGUUAGCAGCGGCAACGAUCUAAACUCCAGGGUUAAUAAUGAUGAUUCCUAUCUAGACAGAAAAGUUGCUCCCGCUAGUUCGGUUUCAAGUGGCAAUUUGUAUCCAGAAGGAACUAGAGUAUCAAUUCAAGGAGCUGGAAGUGAAAGAGAUGAUCAUGAAAUUCCAUUAGGAGAUGUAAAAUCUCUUAAUGAAGAUAACCAGGUCAAAAAGUUAACUGAAACACUUGAGACCCCUGAUGUGCCGGGCCCUUCACCACGACCUCUGCCUGAGGAUGAGAGUGAAGGAUCGGAUAUUCUGGAGCAGGAUGUCAAAGUUUGCGAUAUCUGCGGGGAUGCAGGUCGGGAGGAUCUACUUGCUAUAUGUAGUAGGUGUAGUGAUGGUGCAGAACACACCUAUUGCAUGCGAGAAAUGCUUCAAAAGGUCCCAGAAAGUGACUGGGUGUGUGAAGAAUGCAAGUCAGCUGAUGAGACUGAAAACCAGAAGCCAGGUAUUGAGGGGAAAACAUCGUCUAGAGUCACUUCUGCUUCACAAGUCCCUGAUAAAAGUUUUGGUGAAAAUAUUGAAGUCUCUCCAACUGUUAAAGGACCAGGAUCAUCAAAGUUGUGUGGCUCUACUAGAAGAGUCACAUCAUCGCGCGAUUCUUGCUUCAAGAAUAUUGACAAGGGAAAAGCGAAGCUAGCUCGUCAAAUGUCAUGCAUGAAUUCUGUUCAAGACUUCCCAGAGGGUGCACGCUCCCCCCUGCCUUCCAACCUUCAAUCGAAAGGUACUUUAUUGAAGUCCAAAUCAUUUAAUGCCUUCAUUUCGAAGCCAAAAGUUAAAGUAAUCGACGAAGGAAUGAUUCAGAAGCACAAAGGCAUAAGGGAGAAUGCUUCAUUCAUUUCAAAGGAAGGGCCUACCAAACCAAUAAGCAAAUCAAUGUCAUUCAAACACGCAAAUCCAGGCCGCUCAGUUGCUGUUGAUGCCAAAGUUAAAAUGCUUCCAACUAAACUCACUCAUGCUCAGAACCCAAAAGGAUCUAAGAAUCUCAAAGAAGGGAGCGUGUUUGACAGGACGAGUUUACGUAAGUUAGACCGGAAUUCCUCAAGUCUAACAAGGGACAGUUGUACUCCCUCUACACCUAAUUCUGAUCACAAGCUUACAUCUUGUGGGGAACCUUUACAAGGCACACUUCUGAGCAAUAACCGAGAUCCAAAGCUUGAACAGUCUGAUGUUAAAUCGGCUAUUUUGGUUAAGACUGCUGAGUACAAGUCAAAUCAGCUUGAUCAGAAGGAAGAACCCUUGACUAGUUCUUCUCGGACUGUCGAGAAACAUUGUAUUGAAGGCCAUGGGCUUCGACAAGAUGGGUUAUCUCGCUCAAAGGGCUUGACAAAUCACACCGACAAAGCCCGGGAUUGUACUGUUAGUCGCCCGAAGCAGCCAGUUAUAAGUGGCUCAAGAAGCAUUUUCUGUCAAAAAUGUAAAGAAGUUGGUCAUGAUACAGAGUCUUGCCCUUGUAGUAGCUUGCAGGUUGGAAUGGACGUUUCAAUGACCAGAAGCACGAAAGAGGAGAUGUACAACAGUAGUAAGAUUAAAACUCCCAUAACAUCUGCUAUGCUGAAAAAGCCUGGAAUAUAUAGAAGAAACAAAGGACCUGAGAAAUCUGAGGAUUUGUCUGUGUCUAACCCCACCCACGUGGAUCCCUUAUCAUUUCCAGACGUCUCUAGGAAAGUUAUGUCUGCUGACGGGCCAUGUGAAGGGCAGGCAAUUCGUCAAAGCUGUACUUCUGAUUCCCGCUUGCAGAUGAUUGGCAAUAAUGCGAUGCAGCUGACUGGGCCACAAAUAGGAGCUACUUCCUUAAAAGGAGCGAAUUUAGAUUUUACUAGGGACUCUGAGGGGAGUUCUUCAAGCAAAUUUCCUUGUGCUUCGUUUCUGCAGUCUGCUAUUUGCAGGAUAUCAGUUAUUCCAGAGCAUGAGUGUAUCUGGAAAGGGAGUUUUGAGGUGUGCAGAGGCAGUCAGCAGCCAGAUUUUUGUGGAGGACUUCAAGCACAUCUGUCUACUUUGGCUUCACCUAGGGUUCUUGAAAUGGUGAAGAAGUUCUCAAAUAAAAUUUUAUUGAGCGAAGUACCUCGAAUGUGUACCUGGCCAACCCAAUUUUAUGAUUGUGGUGCUCAAGAUGAUAAUAUUGCGCUUUACUUUUUUGCUGAGGAUCCUGAGAGUUAUGAGAGGAGCUACAAAGGUCUUUUGGAGAAGAUGAUCAAGAGUGAUUUAGCUUUGAAAGGAAAUUUUGAUGGUGUUGAACUGCUGAUUUUCCCAUCCAACCAGCUACCAGAGAAAUCCCAGCGCUGGAACACGUUGUUUUAUCUAUGGGGUGUUUUCCGGGGAAGAAGUGUUAGUGGUUUAGAUCAAGAUUCCGUUUUUUCACUGAAGUCAAGUACAUCCACUUCGAAUGUGGUGCUUCCAGAGAAAGACAUUCCUCCUCCCGUUGUAUCAACAACUAAUAAGCUAUCUCUUCCUAAAUGUAACGGUGGGAAUCUGCCUCCAUGUGGUAAAUCCUGCAAACUGAGUUCACCCUCUAGAAUUCCUUCACUGACGAGUUCUCAAAUCACACAAUCAUCCAUGGCCGUGAACGGAAUCUGCCGUGCAAAAGACUGUUCAGUUGAUAACAUGUGUACAUGUUUGAAAGAAGUCUCGAUUCGGGAAGACAGUGGACACGAUUCCUGUAACUUGCAUGGCUCUUUUACAAGCAGUGACUGGUCAAAGCAGCAAAAGAAAUGUCCUCAAAUCUCCCAGAAUGAGGUUUGUGGUUCAGAUGCCGUAGUGCCCAUGGAGCUUCAGCAUUAUGUGAAAACGGGUGCCCAUAGUUGUACCAAAGAUGAUAACAUGUUGAUGCAGCGGGAUACCUCCCUGAACAGACAAGGUUCUUUGUCCCGUUCUUUGCUUGGAGGAAUCAGGAAUAGCAGGGAGCAAGAAAUGCAUGGCACAGGAAAUGAAGUGAAGCUCGACAAGGUCUUGAAGGAAGAAGACAGGCUCAUGGACAGAGGUGCUGCAUUAGAGGUAGAACCUAUGGCUUUAGAUGUGCUCAAGGAUCUGCAGCAUGAAAAGAAGCGGCGACAUUCAGAUCUUGUUGAGACAGCCUCACAAACUUCUUCUGGCACUAGUGCAACAGUGGCAUGGAAUAAUGUUAUUAGUGAAAAUGUUAAAGUAGAGUGUGUGAAUAAGAAGCAGAAGACUGAUUGUAGUGAAAUAUACGAGGCUAGUAGGUCUAUAGAUGCAAAUUUGGUAGAUGGUUUUGCAUCACAGAAAAGUGCGCAGGAUUCCAAUCUGGCAGUUGUGAAGAAGGUGCAUGAUGAAGUCUGUGAUGAGUCAAUCAAUUUGGAAAACAUUGGAACUGCUGAGAGGUUCUUCUUUCCUGUCGUUGCCAGUCAUGCAAAGGACCUGACCUCAGGGGAGAGCUCCAUGCCUUGGAAAACACUGCCGUCACCAUUUCCGGCUCGAUCUCAUGAUGGGGUACCAAAUCUUGACCUUGCUUUGGGAGCAAAAGCAAAAUCGUCAAACAAAGGACUUCUGCCCCUUUGGGUUGGUGUGGCAGACAAAAGCGAUAGUCAUCCAGAGGCGGUGGCUGCCCAGGAAGAGGACCCUGUUUCUGGUUCUCUUUCCUUGUCGCUUUCUUUCCCUUUCCCAGACAGUGACAAAGGAUUUAAACCUGUUCCUGAGGCGGAGCAACUGUUGCCUGAAUCCCAUCAUGUGAAUACAUCCUUGCUCCUUUUUGGGGACUUUUCAGAUAAAUAACCUUUGGUCCAUGCUCAUAUGGUGUACAUUGAAUUUUACCCGAUGGAUGUGCUGGGAUUUCAUCCAUCGUCUGUUGGCUCUCUGAGGAGAAGACCUUAUACCAUCUGUUGAUAACCCACAUAGGAGUCACCAAUAGCUUUUUCCAAAUACUUGCUCUGGUUUUUUUAUUUUUAUUUUUCAAUGUUUCUAGUUUUUACGUUAUAGCCUCUCCUCUCCACUGUUUGAGUGCACAGGCACUGCUGUAUGUAUAUAAGGAGUUGAAAGCCGAGACUUGAAGAUACUGAGAAAUUUUCGGGCUGUAAGUUGGUAAUCUUUAUUGCCCCUUACUUUCUUUCUCUGA